UAUUAGUUUUGUGUUGAAUUUAUAAAGAGUUAAAAAUUAUUAUUAAAUAUAUAUGAGUUUAUAACUUGAGAAUAGAUAUUUAUGUCUUCUUAGACUAGAAUUUUAGUUAGUUUGAUCCAAAAAAAAAAAGAUUAGAAUUUUAGUUCAUGUAUUUUUCUUAAGUUGGUAUAUUUUGGAGAAAAAAAGUUAGAAAAGUUCCCUUUAACCAAUUUCAAAGUACCAAUCAUUAUUUGUAUAAACCAGUAAACGGUUUAGAUAUCACUCAAAACUCGUGUGUAUUUUGUUUGCCUUUAUGCAAUUUUGCGUCUUCGUCUAAAAGCUCUUGGAACGCCUGAUCUUAGGUUUUGACCGGAUUCGAGCAUCGUCGUCAAUGACUUUAAUACGAUUUCUAAUCUCUGUUGAAGUAUGGUAUUGUCACCUUCAAUGAUAGAGAAUGAUUCUUCUCGUUUCGUUUUGCAGUAAAGAUGUGCAUGCAUUUGAUGGGAUGUUCAGAGGCUUCAAAGCAUAUUAUAGAGUUAACAUUUGUUUAGGUUCUCUCUGGCCUAUAUAUGUGUUAUUCAAAUCAAGAGUACUGGAGAUGACCGGUUUCCUUUAGCUGGUUCAUCAUAUUUAAUUGUGAAUUGGUUUAGUUCGGUUUAGUAAAUACAUGUAUAUAUAUGAUCGUAAAGCUGACUGACCAUCAACACUUAAUGAAAAUAUCUUCAUUUUCAUAACAAACUAUCUCUACAUAAUAUGGUAUCAGAGCCAGAUUUGUGGUAUAUUACGCUUUCAAGUCUCUAUUAGUUACUCCAGUCUCUAAUUUUUGUUGGCGCACUCGAGAGUAGUUUGACGUUUCAUUUCAUACAAUCACUUACUUCUUAGACAACUUCGAGCUCGUGAUCUAUUCAAUGCCAGAACCACUCUGCAUCAAGGAUGUGUUCUCUGUUAUGAGUUUCUGCUCUCACGGGUUGAAGUGAACCAUAUGGGAGGUCCUUCGUGAGACGUGGACGAAGGGGAAGAGGCCGAGCCAGAGGGAGAAGAGGCUCAAAGCUGUCCGAAAAACGAGUUUCAGAGACUUCUGAAACCGUACAAGACUCUUUUCUGUAUUUUGUCUUUGCGUUACUUGCACCAGAAGUAAACAGAUGGAAAUUCAAAGAUCUUACUUGUUUGCGUUAGAAGGAAACUAUUCACGACUUUCUAGCUUUACUACAAUACUUGGCUAUUGCUAAAUCGAUCAUUCACAGCGUAUUACGUACCAUAAUUUUUGUCAAACACAGCUUUUCAAAAUCUCUUUUUUUUUUAUCAAAGAAAUCUUAACCAUUUGACUAAUUCUUAUUAUACUAUCCUAAACAAAAGCUGAGGUACACAAGUGUAACCUUGUCAGCUUGCCACAUGUUACGCUUCAUGCAUACACUCCACCCCUUUUCAUAGAUCACACCCACACGUAUGCAAGCAUGAUCUAUUUCUCUUUGCAAUAUCUUUGUUUGUUUGAUUGCUUAGGAAAUUUUGGAGAGGAAGAUCGAAUAACUUUAUUAAAAUGGAGAAGGCAGUUCACUCAUCUACUACGCCUGGCCCGGAGGUUCCAGGGGAGGCAACGAAAACCGGCACCUCCAUAGUCGACACCGCCACCUCCGCCGUGCAAAGUUUUGCUCCGGUUAACCAAAUCCACCAACAUCUCUGCGCGUUCCAUUUCUAUGCUUACGACAUGACACGACAAGUGGAGGCUCACCAUUUCUGCAGUCACGUGAACGAAGAUAUGCGCCAAUGUCUGAUCUACGAUGGUCCGGAUGCAAACGCUCGUCUGAUCGGAUUGGAGUACAUAGUUACAGAGAAGUUGUUCAUGACUUUGCCUGAUGAAGAGAAGAAACUUUGGCAUACGCACGAGUGGGAAGUGAAAGGAGGGUUCUUGUUCAUGCCUGGUGUUCCUGGUCCCAUUCAGCGUCAAGAUCUUGACAAAGUCGCUAAGACUUAUGGCAAGGUUUUCCACUUUUGGCAAGUUGAUUUGGGCCAUGAUCUUCCCAUUGGUUUACCUAAUGUCAUGAUGGCCGUUACCCGCGAUGGCCAACUUUUCCACGAGAUGAUUCAGGAGACAGAGAAGCGCUUUGGGGUAUCGAUCGAAGGAGAGAGGGAGGCAAGGGCGUACAUGUCAGGGCCAGAGCUUGGGAUCCAUCCAUUGGCGAAUGGAGGAGGCAAAGGGCUAAAACUAGAGUUGCGAGAGGUCGAUAUCAAGCCGGUUGAGUCUGUCGCAAGAGUCUUUGUCUGAGUUUAGUUAGACCUUUAUGUCAAAUAAUGCCAUACAUCAAGCAACUUAAGUUUUGGAUAACAAUCAUAAGACGUACAGUUUGGUUUGUUUUUAUAUUUUUGUGGAUCUUAAAUAUUUAUUUAGAAGUAGUAACAAACUAAUAAAUUAUUUAUUAGUUAUA